CUGUGUGUCUGUGUGUGUGUGUGCGUGCGCGCGCGCUCGCGUGUGUAUUUCCUCUCCUCCAGCACACUGGGAUUUGCCGCUGCUGUCGCUGCCGCGGUUCGCCUCUGCUGCCGCUGCUCUAGCCCGCUGUGCAUGGGAGUCUCACUGGGGUGUCUGGGCUUUGUGUUUCCCCAACAAACAUGAUCAAGGCUAUCUCUUCCUGAUCGGGAUCUAUUUAAAGGAGGGAGCGAGGCGUGUUUCCUACUAGCGCGGAGAAACGCACCCUGGAAGGAAAAAAAAAAGCAAUCACACUCCCCCAAAAGCAGGUUGGGACAAUUGGAAAUUUGUUCAAGCAGCAACCAUGAUGAAAUUAAGUCAUUCACAGACCCUUCCACUGGGAUAUUUAUUAAGCACAGUGGCUCUCUUGCUUUUCCAUUUGGACAAAAUAAGUGCUGAGACUGAAGGUGAAGGAACUGGAAAUGAGACAAAUGAAUGUACUGGCUCUUAUUAUUGUAAGAAAGGUGUGAUUUUACCCAUUUGGGAGCCCCAAGAUCCUUCCUUUGGAGAUAAAAUUGCUAGAGCUACAGUGUAUUUUGUGGCUAUGGUCUACAUGUUCCUGGGGGUAUCCAUCAUUGCUGAUCGAUUCAUGUCCUCAAUAGAAGUCAUCACAUCCCAAGAAAAAGAAAUAACCAUUAAAAAACCCAAUGGAGAGACCUGCAAGACCACAGUGAGGAUUUGGAAUGAGACUGUUUCCAACCUAACGUUAAUGGCUUUGGGCUCCUCAGCACCUGAGAUCCUUCUUUCUGUGAUUGAAGUUUGUGGCCAUAACUUUACUGCUGGAGAUCUUGGUCCUAGCACUAUUGUUGGAAGUGCUGCAUUUAAUAUGUUCAUUAUCAUAGCUCUCUGCGUCUAUGUGGUUCCUGAUGGAGAGACAAGGAAGAUUAAACAUUUGCGAGUGUUCUUCGUAACUGCUGCAUGGAGCAUCUUUGCCUAUACCUGGCUCUACAUGAUUCUGUCUGUCAUAUCACCAGGGGUUGUAGAAGUCUGGGAAGGUUUGCUUACUUUCUUCUUCUUCCCCAUCUGCGUUGUGUUUGCUUGGAUUGCAGACAGAAGGCUUCUGUUUUACAAAUAUGUCUAUAAGAGGUAUCGAGCUGGCAAGCAAAGGGGAAUGAUCAUUGAACAUGAAGGGGACAGGCCCAUUGCCAAAACUGAAAUUGAAAUGGAUGGGAAAGUGAUCAGCUCUCAUGUCGAUAACUUCUUGGAUGGUGCUCUCGUUCUGGAAGUUGAUGAGAGAGACCAAGAUGAUGAAGAAGCUAGGAGAGAAAUGGCCAGGAUCCUGAAGGAGUUGAAACAGAAACACCCAGAAAAGGAAAUUGAGCAGUUAAUAGAAUUAGCCAACUACCAAGUCCUAAGUCAACAGCAGAAGAGUCGGGCAUUCUAUCGUAUCCAGGCUACCCGUCUAAUGACAGGGGCUGGCAAUAUUUUAAAGAGACAUGCUGCAGAUCAAGCCAGAAAAGCUGUCAGCAUGCAUGAAGUCAAUACUGAAGGGACAGAAAAUGAACCAGUCACCAAGAUCUUCUUUGAGCAGGGGACUUAUCAGUGUCUUGAGAACUGCGGCACGGUGGCUCUCACCAUUAUGCGUAGUGGCGGUGAUUUGACCAAUGCUGUUUCUGUUGACUUCCGGACAGAAGAUGGCACAGCUAAUGCAGGCUCUGAUUAUGAAUUUACUGAAGGUACUGUGAUCUUCAAACCUGGAGAGACUCAAAAGGAAAUCCGCGUGGGUAUCAUUGAUGAUGAUAUUUUUGAAGAAGAUGAGAACUUCCACGUGCACCUCAGUAAUAUCAAAAUAUUAUCAGAGGGAACCGAAGAUGGAAUCCUGGAUGCCAAUCACAUCACGAACUACGCUUGCCUGAGCUCUCCCCAUACUGCCACUGUCACCAUUUUUGAUGAUGAUCACGCAGGCAUCUUUACUUUUGAGGAACCUGUGACACAUGUGAGUGAGAGUAUCGGCAUCAUGGAGGUCAAAGUGUUAAGAACAUCUGGAGCACGAGGAAAUGUUAUUGUUCCCUACAAAACAAUCGAAGGCACUGCUCGUGGUGGAGGAGAAGACUUUGAGGAUACCUGUGGAGAGCUGGAAUUCCAGAAUGAUGAAAUUGUGAAAAUCAUUACCAUUAAAAUAUUUGACCGUGAGGAAUAUGAGAAAGAGUGCAGUUUCUCCCUUGUGCUUGAGGAACCAAAAUGGAUAAGAAGAGGAAUGGAAGGUGGCUUCACUAUAACAGGGAAAUCCCGCUAUGGACAACCUGUCUUCAGGAAAGUUCAUGCUAGAGAGCAUCCAAUUCCCUCCACUGUAAUCAACAUCGCAGAGGAUGAUGAUAAGCAACCCCUAACCAGCAAAGAGGAAGAGGAACGACGCAUUGCAGAACUGGGGCGCCCAAUCCUAGGAGAACAUACCAAACUGGAAAUCAUCAUUGAAGAAUCCUAUGAAUUCAAGAGUACUGUGGACAAACUUAUUAAGAAGACAAAUCUAGCUCUUGUGGUUGGGACUAACACCUGGAGAGAACAGUUUAUUGAAGCUAUCACUGUCAGUGCUGGGGAAGAUGAUGAUGAUGAUGAAUGUGGAGAAGAGAAGCUGCCCUCUUGCUUUGAUUAUGUGAUGCACUUCCUCACUGUUUUCUGGAAGGUUCUCUUUGCCUUUGUCCCACCCACAGAGUACUGGAAUGGUUGGGCAUGUUUUAUUGUAUCCAUCCUCAUGAUCGGUCUUCUGACAGCUUUCAUUGGCGACCUGGCAUCUCACUUUGGCUGUACCAUUGGCCUGAAGGAUUCAGUGACAGCAGUGGUGUUUGUUGCCUUAGGAACUUCAGUGCCAGACACAUUUGCAAGCAAAGUGGCAGCCACACAGGACCAAUAUGCAGAUGCCUCCAUUGGCAAUGUCACCGGCAGCAAUGCAGUGAAUGUGUUUCUGGGAAUUGGCGUGGCCUGGUCCAUUGCUGCCAUCUAUCAUGCAGCACAUGGAGAAGAAUUUGAGGUCUCCCCUGGCACACUAGCAUUUUCGGUCACCCUCUUCACUAUUUUUGCUUUCAUCAAUGUUGGGGUACUGCUGUAUCGACGAAGACCAGAAAUUGGAGGUGAGCUGGGUGGGCCCCGGACUGCCAAGCUCCUCACAACUUCACUUUUUGUCCUCCUGUGGCUCUUGUACAUUUUCUUCUCUUCCCUGGAGGCCUACUGCCACAUAAAAGGCUUCUAAAGGAACAAUCAGAUAUAGUAAAUUUAUAUAUAUAAAUAUAUAUAUAAAGAUAUAUGUAUAACGAACAGAGGAAACUGACAUUUGUCAUGUCCACUUACCUGCUGAUGGAAUACAGUUUCAAGAGAAUACUUUGUACUAGGGCAGAAGUAAGAAACCAACAAAGUUCUUAUCCCAAGGGGCGCCAACAUGUUGAACAACAAGCAUGGAUGCAGGGCCAUCUUUGCAACUCUACCUAGAAAGGUGUACUCUUGAGAUUGAUAGACUACUUUUUUUGUUUUGUUUUGUUUUUUGUUUUUUUUUUAAAUGACUGAUCUAAGCGCAACAUGGGCUUUCAGUUAUCAAUUAAAAUCAACCAGAUUACUUUUUUUUAAAUUAAGCAUCUGGGCAAAGGAGGGGUAUGGAAGGGCCAGGGGUGGGGGUUUUCAUUAUUUUAUUAUGAAACACCAUGCUUAUCUUCAGAACUUAUGCAGAGGCGAAUCUGUUUCCAGGAGGAAGCAUGUGAGUAUGUACUAAAGGAAGACAGGUAAAGGAUUCUGGGUUCAGAUUAUGUCCUAGCCACCUAACCAGGGAGGCACUCUCCCAUCCUUACAUUAAUGUCCCAUUCUUAUUUAGUGAUCACAAGGAUAACCUCUUAAGGUUCUCAAGAAAAUAACAACACUUUGGUCCUUCUCUUUUAAUUUCUUAGUCUACCAUUAAAAUAGCUCCCUCCACUAUCCAGUGCCCCCAGCUCCCUCCUCCAGUGUGCUUCCCCCACCAAAAUCAUAAUAAUUGUUAUUGUUAAAGUGUUCCAAGAGCACACUAUUCCUUUCCAUUUGCAUAUCAUUAGCCUCCAUUCAAACCAUCUGUCCGAAAACAGUUUCUUUGUGGUCCUCACAAGGACUGUCUUGUCAAUUUUAUUUUUGUUAAUAUCCAUGCCCUAUACAAUCUCAAUGCAGUCUUUUCUGAACAUUUGCUUCUUCUUCAUACUCCUGUUAGAGAACGUUGUUCUGAUACUUUUUACACUGUGCAUGGAUUGAAAAAAAAGAAAAAAAAGGAAAAAAAAAGAAAAAAAAUCUGUAUAUAGAAUAGUAUAACAAAAACUGUUAUCCCAUUCAACAAUGUUGAUUGAACAUUGAAGACAUGAGUGAGUUUGUUUUUUCACAAUUUUUUAUUUUAUGAUUGGAUUUGAUUAUUUUGAAAUAGGAGGAGAAUAUUUUUUUUCUUUCAUGCAUCUGCACAUCAAUUUCUAAGAAGCAAUAAUUGAACAGAGAAGUUAUAGCUAUUGUUGAGGAGCCACCAGGCAAAUCUCAAAACAUCUCUGUAAAUCAUCAUCUGUCUAUAUGGAACUCAAAACCAAAGCAUGUAAAAAAAUCACUAAAUUACUUUGAUGAGAGACAUUAUAUAAAUCAACGAGUGAAGUGUGCCUAGGUUUUGAAGACAUGUGGUUUUUCCAACAGUAUUUAUUUCACUUUUUUUUUUUUUUUUUUUUUUUUUUGCCUGCCACAAAUGAUAGAUAAUGAGGGAAGAGGACAAGUUCUGUUUGGAAUUUGGUUCUGGGUUUGUUUUUUUUUGAAAGACUAGGUUAGGCUCUCUUUUUCUUACUAUAUAUACCACUGUGUAUCUACGGGCAAUAAGGUAAAAUUGACCAAUGAGCUUUUAAAAGGAUACUUCCUUUAUAUCUCACUUAAGAUCCAAUUAAAUCAGUAAGAAAUUAAGCAAGGUUCUAGCCCUUUAAAUAGGAUAAUUCUUUUAGUUUCAAAGAACCUAAGGAAUAAAGUAGAUGACAUGAUAAGUGGAUGACAAUAAAUAUGCAUCACUGAUGUUUUUACAUAAAGAUCGACUCUAGGCUUAGAAAAUUACUGGCCAUUUUCAUUGGUCCCAAAGUAUCAAGGUUUCAUUACCUUCAUUGAAACCUGGAUGUAUAUUUGUUAUAACAUUUCUCCCCUCAUCCUCACCUCAUUGUUCUUGUAAAAAUAAUGUAAAAGUCAAAAGUAAAAAAUGAACCCUCGUAGAGACAAUUCUACCUUGAGGUCAUCUAAAUGACAAAAGGAAGAAUAAAUCAUGACCCAAAUUAAAGGAACAGUAAUUCAGUCUAGUUAAAAAAAAAUGUCAAGAGCAACUCUUUUCAGGUAUCUCCAAACUAUGUCUCCUUUUCUAUGUUGAAAUGAACAUAUGAGUUUAGAAUAACCCCUUAUUUAUACUUUGCUGAAUCUGGCAAUCAAUCUAUCAGUUACUAAGCAUUUAUUAAGCAUUUAUACUAUGUGACAGGUACUUAAACCAAGAGUAUAACAGGAUGUAUGCAAAUGUAGAUUCAUGUUGGAAGUUCAAAAUAAUGAGAUGAUCUAGUUUUUUAUGGGCAGGACUAGGCUGCAGUCUCCCUUGUACCCUUCUGUUCUUAUCAAUCAGAGACCUAUUCCUGGUACAUGACAAUCAGCAGUAAACUCAAAGGCAGCUGCCUAAAUACAAAACUAAAAUAGAAACUGUCAAGUAAUGAUAAUCACAUAUGUGAGUUCUGUAAUCAAUUAAAAUUCUUUGCACACCUUUUUAAUCACAUUUGGAAUGAUCACAUCCCCAUAAAGGAUUUUCACCGAAAAAAUAUAAUGAAAUCUUUGUCAUUUUUACUUUUAAAGAGGUGAAGUGUUUUGUUUUGGGGUUUUCUGGGCUUUUUGUUUGAUGUUUUUUUUUUUCCUUCUUUUUGUUUUAGUAAGGAAAACAUCAAUACUAGAAUCUGGUUGUUCAGGGUUCUUGUAAUUAUUAUUAUUAUUAUUAUAUUUGUGUAAAGUUAUUUCAUUUAGUUUGUUUGAUUCUUUCAUUUUGUGUGUAUUGUGCACAGAUUUAGGAAGAGAGUACUCUUCCUUAUAAAUGGUACACAUCAUUGACACAGACAAAUAAAGUUUCUAAUUGUUUCUGAUUUAA